AUGGAAGGAAUGAAUAUCCUAGAAAAUUGUUUUGAUACAGAAUGGGUAUGUAAUUCGAAUGAGGCAGUUAAAAUUAGGUUUGUUCAACCAUUAUCUGUAUCAGAUUACGAAAACGACGAAACGAAGGUUAAAGAGUUUUCACCUGAAUUUACGUACCCAAUAUUUGGUGACAAGGAACAAAUUUUUGGCUACAAAAAUCUGUCAAUUAAGGUUGCGAUUGUAAUUCCUCUUCUUCCUCUUACAAAUACAUUAUAUUACGCGUCUGGUAGUCUGACAACAUAUUUUGAUGUAACAUAUGACAGAAAGGUUCCAUUGGCUGAUAAUGUAGUAGAAAGGAUCAAAGAAUUCAUACCUAAUG